CAGACUGGGUAAUUUCCAACAUGGCGGAUGAACCGAACACUGAAGAAAAUAAUGAACCAAAACGAGACGAUUUCUAUGGAUUUGCCCUUUAUACUUUUAAAGCACGCAGGCCGAACAAUGCUGAAGUGGAUAGAAAUGAGAACGGCGAAGACGAUGAAGACGGAGGCGUGGCGAGCAAAGCAGCUGUAGCCGCCGAGGGAUCUGUGGCUGAUUUUCUUCGUAAAGAAGCGACUUCUAAUAACGAUUUUAGUCUGUCAUUGUUGAGCACAAACCUAUCAGGAGUGCAGGAAACUGAACUGAGGACAUUCAUGGCCAAACGACUUACAAGAGGAACUGUAUACAGUGGAAGCGGUAAUAUCAAUACUCUGGAGAACUUUUUUCCUGAUGAGUCAGCACUUUGCUAUUACUGUUUGCUGAGAGGAGGAAAGGAGAAUGGCGAAGAAUACAGAGAUCAACAAGAAAUGGACUCUAUCGAAUUUGGAAGUUACCUGUCAAAAGACUACGUUGUGUGCCUUGUCUCUGGUAGCAAGAGUGGGUUAGAACUAUUUCAAAAGGAACUUGAUGAAUAUAGCAAUGGACUCCUUCCAUACAUUGACAAAUAUACUGAAUCUCAAGAUGUGCAGGAAAGUUUUAAACAUCUGGAAGCUUGGUAUGAUGAAAAUGUUAAGUUUGUUUGUCGUUGUACAAGCUUGUUAAAGGAAGACCUUUCUGUUCUCAUAGGAUUGGGUCUGUUAGGAGGCAAGUUAGAAGUACAAGGUGAUGAAAGACUGAAAAAGGAUAUGAAAAUGUUUGUUGAUGCUUGUAGCACAGUUCAUGUUUUGGGAAAAUCAGCUGAAUCAGAUGCUUCUAAGGAUACAGAAAACCUAGAAUCUGAAUGUACUUCAGUUAUACCUACAGAAGUUAUCUUUAAAAAAGAUGGUUCAGAAUAUACUCUUAGCAGUAAAGUUUCUACGCGGUUCUGUAGGGAAUGGGCCAAAACAAUGUUGAGUGAUGCAGUAGACAAUCCCGUGUUCCUUCGACAAGUGAUAGAGAACUACAAACUGAGGGUAAAUCACGAUUUGAAUACAUUAAAGAGACUUUUAAGACAAGCAGAGACAGAUCAUUACUCGCUGUACAGGUCGUACGUAUUUCUGCUGAAAUGUGGAAAUGGUCCCAUCCUUCUCCGUAACACGACGUUAGAAGCCCGUGCACUGUGUUCUGUGGACACACUGAAUGUCAUCAGAGUACUGGAAGAGUACAUUGAAGAAAAUGAUAAAUUUGGAAUCGAAGCUCUGUCAGAGUAAACUGAAACGACCAGAUAAUAAAGCUAUUUCCAUGUGGAGCGCAAGGAUGACAUAUCAAACUUUAUGUUUAAUCUUUGGUGGACAAUGGCUCUGGGAUUAACUUCCUUUUGUGGGCAUUUUUAUAGUUUGCAGCUUUGAGGCUCUUUUGUUUCUAGAACAAAAGUUUGAAAGAACCGACGCGUAGCAAAUUUCCGAGCGCGAGAUUCAAAAUCUUCGUUGACGACCAGAUGUUGACAAUAUCACCCUUCUCGGUGUAGGGUAAGGGAAAUUUCGCUCAGAACAACGACAAUUUUACCGGGGGUACGCAAGGAAAAAUUUGUUUCAUGACGCGCGGGCUGUAAAAGUUUCAAUGUAUUUCCCUUCUUCGCGCAGAAAAUAUAAAUGGUAUUAAACUGUG